GGGGAGGCAGCGAUCCCGAUUCCCAGCCCUGCGGCUGCCUGCUGGCAUCGCCGUCCCCAUCUCCCUACCCCGGGAGGAGAGAGAGAGGGAGAGGGACGCGUGGGUGUGGAGCGCAGUGGUUUAGUCCACACCCCGCAGCCUCCCUUCCCCAGGCAGCCUCGGCAGCCGCGCUCAUUCUCCUCCCUCUCCCUGCCAGCCGGUGUGUCCGCGGCGGCGGGAGGCGGAGGCGGCGGGAGAGGAGGGGAGCGGAGCGGAGCGAGCAGAGGAGCGGCGCACUCCGGGCCGCCCGGGAGAGCCGCGGCGGCGGGAGAGCCCCAACUCCGCGCAGCCCCCGCCGCCACCGCUCGGCAGCAGCCGCGGCACCGCGCCGGGUCCUGCCCUCCAACAGUUCCCGCUCCGCUGCCAGUGAGGAGGGAGGUGUAGGAGACACGGCUUUAUUUUCUUCUUUUCUUUAUUUUUUAAUUUUUUUUUCUUUUGAGGGGAUGCUGAGAAAGCAAGCCGUUCCCCUCCCGUGUAGCACAUUGCCUGGGCGUUCCUAUUAUGGAAGUUAAGUGAGAAACUCGGCAGCUUGAACUGAUUUGGGGAGAGAAAGGGAGAGAGAAAGGGGUAGGGGGAGGGCAAGAGGAAGGCAAAAUAGCCGAACCAAACCAAUGGUUUUCCUGCAAAGUGCCGGGAAGUUUGUGAAGCACUUUCUAGGAAUCAGGUCCUUUCUCAGAGUCUCUCCUUGUCUUCCGAAGAAAAAGCUUGCUUUUGGAUUGCCAUGGAUCCUAAAGAGAGUCUUAGACACACUUGAAUAAUUCCCCUGCUUGGGCUGGAUUGGUGGGAAUUUAGGAAGGAGCGUGUGUGCAAAGCAGAAGCCUUCGGAGCUCACUCGCUGCUUCUCUAAUCUGUAUGGAUCUAAAAGUGUCACAUUCAAGACCUUCGCAUCUCCAGCUUUUGAAUUGAAGAUUUCCCUUUCCACUUUAAGUAGCUGCUAGGAAACUGAAAACUUUUGGACCUACCUCUUACUGGCUUUGGAUACUUUUUCCUUUUUUUCUCUUCUUUUUUUUUUUAUCCCCCCCCCCCCUUUUUAAAUUUUUUUUUAAAUUUUUAAUCUCUGUGGAAUUGGUCUCUCAAGCGAUCAGGAUUGUUUUUAAUAUGUCAAAAUGGGUCUGCUGACGCCACUCCUGCUCUUCGGAUUUGCAUUUUUUCAAGUCUAUGGAUCCCGUCUCCGCCAGGAGGACUUUCCACCGCGGAUUGUCGAGCACCCUUCAGACGUGAUCGUGUCCAAAGGCGAGCCGACCACCCUGAACUGCAAAGCAGAGGGGAGGCCCACGCCCACCAUCGAGUGGUACAAGGAUGGCGAGCGCGUGGAGACGGACAAGGACGACCCGCGCUCGCACCGCAUGCUGCUGCCCAGCGGAUCUUUGUUCUUCCUGCGCAUCGUGCACGGGCGCAGGAGCAAACCCGACGAGGGCAGCUACGUGUGCGUGGCAAGGAACUACCUCGGGGAGGCCGUGAGCCGCAACGCGUCUCUGGAGGUGGCAUUGCUUCGGGAUGACUUCCGCCAAAACCCCACGGACGUGGUGGUGGCGGCUGGAGAGCCUGCCAUCCUGGAGUGCCAACCUCCCCGGGGGCACCCCGAGCCCACCAUCUACUGGAAGAAGGAUAAAGUCCGCAUCGAUGACCGGGAGGAGCGCAUCAGCAUCCGUGGUGGGAAGCUGAUGAUCUCCAACACCAGGAAAAGUGAUGCAGGAAUGUACACGUGUGUGGGCACCAACAUGGUGGGGGAGCGUGACAGUGACCCUGCAGAGCUGACUGUCUUUGAGCGGCCCACGUUUCUCAGGCGACCGAUUAACCAAGUGGUGCUGGAGGAGGAGGCCGUGGAUUUCCGGUGCCAGGUGCAGGGGGACCCCACACCCACAGUCCGGUGGAAGAAAGAUGAUGCAGACCUACCCAGAGGAAGGUAUGACAUCAAGGACGACUACACCCUGCGCAUUAAGAAAGCCCUGGGCACGGAUGAGGGAACCUUCACCUGCAUCGCUGAGAACCGCGUGGGGAAAGUGGAAGCCUCUGCCACGCUCACCGUGCGAGCUCCCCCACAGUUUGUGGUGAGACCACGAGACCAGAUUGUAGCCCAGGGUCGAACAGUGACUUUUCCUUGUGAAACUAAAGGAAAUCCCCAGCCAGCUGUUUUCUGGCAAAAAGAAGGAAGUCAGAACCUCCUCUUCCCAAACCAGCCUCUGCAGCCCAGCAGCAGAUAUUCCGUGUCACCGACCGGGGACCUCACCAUUACCAACAUCCAGAGGUCUGAUGCAGGCUACUACAUUUGUCAAGCACUGACGGUUGCUGGAAGCAUUUUAGCAAAGGCUCAGCUGGAGGUUACUGAUGUCUUGACAGAUCGGCCUCCGCCCAUCAUCCUCCAGGGCCCCGUCAACCAGACGCUGGCAGUGGAGGGCACAGCUCUGCUCAAGUGCAAGGCCACCGGCGACCCCCUCCCUGUCAUCAGCUGGCUCAAGGAGGGCUUCACCUUCCUGGGCCGGGACCCUCGCACGUCCAUACAGGACCAGGGGACGCUCCAGAUCAAAGCUCUGCGGCUGUCUGAUACUGGGACUUACACUUGCGUUGCCACGAGUUCCAGUGGGGAGACGUCCUGGAGUGCUGUGCUGGAGGUGACAGAAUCCGGUGGAGCAGCAGUCAGUAAAAAUUAUGAUAUAAAUGACCUCCCUGGGCCACCAUCCAAACCUCAGGUCACUGAUGUCACUAAGAACAGUGUCACCCUGUCCUGGCAGCCGGGGACCCCUGGAAGCCUACCAGCUAGUGCAUAUAUCAUAGAGGCUUUUAGUCAGUCUGUGAGCAACAGCUGGCAGACGGUGGCGAACCACGUGAAGAGCACGCUGCACACCGUGAGAGGCCUGCGCCCCAACACCAUCUACCUGUUCAUGGUCAGGGCCAUCAACUCACAGGGCCUGAGCGACCCCAGCCCCAUGUCAGACCCUGUCCGGACCCAAGAUAUCAGCCCCCCAGCACAAGGUGUGGAUCACAGGCAAGUCCAGAAAGAGCUGGGAGAUGUCAUUGUACGGCUGCACAAUCCUGUUGUGCUGACACCCACGACAGUGCAAGUCACCUGGACGGUGGACAGGCAGUCCCAGUUCAUCCAGGGCUACCGCGUGCUGUACCGCCAGACCUCCGGCCUGCCCGCCCCCGCCGCGUGGCAGAGCCUGGAGGUCAAAGUCCCCACGGAGCGCAGCGCCGUCCUCGUCAGCCUCAAGAAGGGGGUCACCUAUGAAAUCAAGGUUCGCCCCUAUUUCAAUGAGUUCCAGGGGAUGGACAGUGAGUCCAAGUCUGCUCGCACCACGGAGGAAGCUCCAAGUGCUCCUCCUCAGUCUGUCACUGUCCUGACAGUUGGAAAUCACAACAGCACGAGCAUCAGCAUCUCCUGGGAUCCUCCCCCUCCAGAUCACCAAAAUGGAGUCAUCCAGGAGUACAAGAUCUGGUGCCUAGGUAAUGAGACUCGAUUUCAUAUCAACAAAACAGUAGAUGCAGCCAUUCGGUCUGUAGUAAUAGGUGGCCUAUAUCCAGGUAUCCAGUACCGCGUGGAAGUUGCUGCAAGCACCAGCGCAGGUGUGGGAGUAAAAAGUGACCCACAACCCAUAAUAAUUGGGGGUCGUAAUGAAGUUGUCAUCACUGAGAAUAACAACAGCAUAACUGAGCAAAUCACUGAUGUGGUCAAGCAGCCUGCCUUUAUAGCUGGCAUUGGUGGUGCGUGCUGGGUCAUUCUCAUGGGUUUCAGCAUCUGGCUGUACUGGCGAAGAAAGAAGAGGAAGGGGCUCAGCAAUUACGCUGUCACCUUCCAAAGAGGAGAUGGAGGACUAAUGAGCAAUGGAAGUCGACCAGGUCUGUUGAAUGCCAGUGACCCCAGUUAUCCUUGGCUUGCAGACUCUUGGCCUGCCACAAGUCUGCCAGUAAAUAACAGCACUAGUGGACCCAAUGAUCUUGGGAAUUUUGGUCGUGGAGAUGUGUUGCCACCAGUGCCAGGGCAAGGAGAUAAAACCGCCACCAUGCUUUCCGACGGGGCCAUUUACAGCAGCAUUGACUUCACCACCAAAACCAGCUACAACAGCUCCAGCCAAAUCACUCAGGCUACGCCCUACGCCACCACCCAGAUCCUGCAUUCCAACAGCAUCCACGAGCUGGCUGUCGAUUUACCAGAUCCGCAGUGGAAAAGCUCCAUUCAGCAAAAAAACGACCUCAUGGGAUUUGGUUACUCUCUCCCAGACCAAGGCAAAGGCAACAAUGGUGGCAAAGGAGGGAAAAAGAAGAAAAACAAAAAUACUGCCAAGCCCCAGAAAAAUAAUGGUUCAUCCUGGGCCAGUGUUCCCCUGCCACCCCCUCCUGUGCAGCCACUUCCAGGCACAGAGCUGGAGCACUAUGGGGUGGAUCAGCAAGAAGCAGGGUAUGACAGUGAUGGUUGGUGUCCACCUUUGCCAGUUCAGACCUACCUGCAUCAGGGCAUGGAGGAUGAGCUUGAAGAAGAUGAUGAUCGUGUCCCCACACCUCCUGUCCGGGGAGUAGCCUCAUCCCCUGCCAUCUCCUUCGGGCAACAGUCGACUGCAACCCUCACGCCUUCCCCACGGGAGGAGAUGCAGCCAAUGCUUCAGGCUCACCUCGAUGAGUUAACAAGGGCUUACCAGUUUGAUAUAGCAAAGCAGACAUGGCACAUCCAAAGCAAUACACAACCUCCUCAGGCUCCAGUUCCUCCCCUAGGAUACGUGACUGGAAACCUCAUUUCAGAUUUGGAAACAGAUGUUCCAGAUGACGAUGAUGAUGAGGAUGAUAUUGAAGAAGAAACUGUAGAAAUCAGUAGGCCACUAAGAGGUCUAGAGCAUACUCCAGGCUCCAGUAUGGACAAUCUAGACAGCUCUGUGACAGGUUCAAUGGUAAAUGGAUGGGGUUCUGCGUCUGAUGAGGACCGUAACUUUUCUAGUCGUAGAUCUAGUGUAGGUAGCUCCUCAGAUGACUCCAUCUUUACCAGCGGCACUUUUGCACAAGCACUGGUUGCAGCAGCAGAUAAAGCUGGGUUUAGGCUGGAUGGAACCAGCCUGACAAGAACAGGCAAAGCAUAUUCUUCCUCUCAGAGACCUCGGCCAGGCAGUCCUUUUUCUACUGACAGCAACACCAGUGCAGCUGUCAACCAGGGUCAGAGGCCGAGGCCCACGAAAAAACACAAGGGUGGACGCUUGGAGCAGCCCCCGCUGCCUCAUCGCCGGGAGGGAAUCACGGACGAUCUUCCACCACCACCCGAGCCGCCCCCCGGUCAGGGUUUAAGGCAGCCCGUAGCGCCGGGCCAGCGCGGAGGCUCUGCCGAGAGGAAGGGGAGCUCUCUGGAGAGGCAGCACGCAGCAGCCAGCGUAGAUGACACAAAGAGCUCCCUGGACCGGCCCGCUAGGACAUCACUAGAGUGGCAGCGGCAAGCCCAGGAGUGGAUAAGCUCUACAGACCGCCAAGAGGAUUUCAGGAAAGCCCAACACAAACCAGCCUUCGGAUCAGAAGAGGCACUCGUACCAUAUAGUAAACCCAACUUCCCAUCCCCUGGUGGCCACAGCUCUUCAGGAACAUCUUCUUCUAAAGGAUCAACUGGACCUAGAAAAGGUGAAGUCUUGUGGGGAGGUCACCAACGCAAUGCCAGUGACCUUCUCGAUAUAGGCUAUGUGGGAUCAAACAGUCAAGGACAGUUUACUGGUGAAUUAUAGUAGUUGAGAAGACACAUUGCAAGCUGCUCUGAUGGACCAUCAGGUCUGAACUCAUGGAAGUGAUGACACUAAACAGUGCAAUGAACAUUUUCUUUAUUUAUGUACUAUUAAAAGAACUGUAAAUGCAAUGUAAAGACACACAGCCACACAUAUCCCACAGAUAUUUUACUUGUGUUCUUCUCUUUAAUACACCAUCCACCUUAAACUAUUCCUUGUCAGGAGUAUAUAAAAAAAAGAAAGAAAAAAAAUCACCCUCCAGGAUUAAAAGGAUUUCCUUCUGUAUAUAAUUUCUUUUGUUGCAUUGCUAUGCAAGCUCACCUUCUUUUUAGCUAUGUUCAUAUUCAUGUCUGUUUUUACUGGUCUGUUGUACUAUAUGUGAAUUAAUAGGCUGUGGUGCCAUAUAUUAACUUUUAAUUGUGUAACUUUUAUGUUUAAAGUUUGCACUGCAAUUUUAUUUGGUGAUAAGCACAAAACUCUACUCCUCAUGACAUGAAGAAAAAAAGAGACUGAAUGUGUGAAGCAGGUUUACGUCCUGUGAGCUACUUUGGAUAACGCUGUAUGUAAAGGAGUACGUUAGGUGGUUUUCCAUUGGAGUGUGGAAAUUAGAAAGUGACAGGCAAAACUGAUGUCAGUGAAGACAUCAGAGACAGAGUUAAACCUUUUAAAAGCAAGCAAUUUAAACCUUUUAAAAGCAAGCAACAUAGUUGCUCUUCCUAUUUAAGAAGGGGUCAGAAGAUGGAAGUGUGAGAUUAAAGAGUGAAAAUGAAAACUAAAGGUAGCAUGAAAUGGCCUAGACCCUUUCACUAGAAUGAUACCCUUAGUAUCCCAUUUUUUUUUAAAUGGCUAUUUUAGCCAUCCCAUGCCACUAAGUAAAGGGGAAGAAAAACAGACCUUGCUACAAACAAAAAAACUUAAGGUGUUUCACUAAAGCUGUUUUUAUUUUGCAGUUUUAAAAGAAUUAUUACCAUUAAUUUCUCCAGACCAAAAUAUAGGACCAAGAUUUUCCAGGAGAAACAAACCAUAUAAACACAAGGAAUACCUAGUAAGGAGAUAAGAAUGCAAUCUGUUAUUAAGACAUAUUCAGGCUGCUUCCCAAAAAUCGAAAUUUCAGAGUAUCUUGUUUCAUCUUUCCAAUACAUGUACAGUACGAUAGAGGAUAGAGCUGCACCACUGAAAUUCAUGACAUUGUUUUGAUGCAGUCUAUACAACCCUUUCUGUUCCAUGCCUCAAGUCUGCAAGAGCUGAAAUUGGAUCCACUAAAUUUGUAGUAAAAUGUUUAGUGUUUGGAAGAAAAGCAAUUUUUUGCUUGGUCAAAUUAUUUUUGGCUUGCAUUAAGUAUAUUUCUGGCAAUACAAUACAUCCAAAAAGUUGGAUAUAAGCAAAGAAAAUCUUUGACCUGUGUUUUAGUGAGUGACUUCAAACUCUACUAUGAUGAGGAAAUAAUGCACGUUUAUACACUUUUUGAAUAAACCAGACUCUGUAAGUGGACAUUAAUGACAGCAUCCUGUCUCUUCAUUAAUUUUCACGACUUUGUCCAAGUCUUUGUUACCCCUCAAAUAUCACAAAGUAAAUUUUCAAGCUUUUCUUAGAAUAUUGUGUGUGGCUAACCCACCCAUUACUUUGAUGCUUAAUUUAAAUAUUGCAUCUUACAGCUUAUUUCUGUUAGUUAUCUGACAAUGAACACAAUUUUUCAUUGAAUACCCUUUUCAUAUAACCAGUCUAUGUUGUUUUAUAUUUUGCCUUGGAGCUCACCAGUGUUGAGAACACUUUUUGUCAUGGCAGAUCUUUAAAAAAGUAAAAUAUGAUGCUAAAUAUGUGUUGCUUUUCAUUUCAUUAACUUCUUCCAUGAUAAGAUAAAACACUACAGCCAUCAAUUAUACCUCAGCACUAUUGAAUAUUAAAAAAUGCUAGUUAACUCCCUUAUGGUCAAGCCAUGUUAUUUAGCAAGUUACAAACAAAAAAAGUUGAGGAAAAAAAGUAUGAAUUUAUUUACAUAUGUGACCAAUGAGUAUAUGCCCUUUUCCUGCUUGUUAAAACACUACAGUUAAAAACAUAACUUAAAAAUGUUCAAGAUAAAGAAUGCAGCACAAUUACAUAUGUAUGUCGUUUGCAUUAUUUGGGUGUUACCAUGUGAAGACUAUUCAUCAUACAAUUGAAAUUUAAUUCUCUGGAAAAUGUUUACUCAGACACUAAUAGUUGUUUUUUGCCCCAUUUAAUACAAAAGCUCGUGCUGAGCUUUGGUGGAACACCUUACUCACUCUGUUCUAUUCAAAAUUCAGUAUCAUUAGAGGUUGAUAAAGCCAUUCCAAUUACUUUCAAAUAUGUGUUUUAUCUCUUCCACUGGAAAGUAAAUGUGUGUCAGUAUUAAAGCUGUUCAGUACCAUGAUAUUCACUAACUUGUCCAUCUGCUUCUGUACAUUUUUGUUCAUUAAUAAUUUGCUUACAAUAUUACAUGAGGUGUUGUUGUGUAUGGCAAAGUGUCUCCAUUAUCUUACAGGUGAUGUCUCUUCUUUUUUUUUUCUCUCUCUUUUCUAUACAGUGUACUUCCAAUGAACCACAGUACAUAUUUUUUAAAAUGCCAUUUAAUUUGCUAUUUUAAAAGAAGUAUUCUUCUUUUUUAAAAAAAAAUGAAAAACAUUUAUUGUGAAUAAUGUGUUUAAAGAAAAGGGAUGUUGUGGCAGCACUUAGAAUUGUUUUUUAAUUUGUUUUUUUAAAAAAACUGUUUAUUGGCUACAGUUUGUUCACGAAAAAGUAUGACCUCUUAAUGUGUUUCAUUGGUAUUGUUAGUGCAGCAAAGUUUAAUUGGCAUAAGAAGUUGGUUAAUAGUACUGUUGAAGUGUGUAUUGUAUAUUUACUGGGGAAAAAAUAAAACAUAUUCACAUUUCAAAUCUAUGUUAAAA